AUGGGCCUUGAAGAGCUCGCGGUGACGGGCAUCUACGUGUCUGGCGCAGUGUGCAUCGUCCUGCUCACUCUUAGCAUUAGCUGGCUUGUGGUGUGGAAGUGCGUGCUGUCCAAGAUGCCCUUCAUCCAGGAACUCUUCGAUUUAACGCCCAAGAAACCAUCGACUCUCGACGCCAAGUCAAUCUCUUUCCAAGACCGAUAUCAAGCUUAUAAACGGAAGCGGCACGCAACCCGGACUUGCUAG